GAUCUUAACUAUUAAAAUUAAUAUAACAUCCACAAAACCCCUGCUGAUAUUAAACUAAUUAUGCCUAUCAAAGAAUCUUUUAGUAAAAAAAGUUCUCUUUUGGACGAUUUCAGUUUUAAAAGUUGUAUACUUGUACUUAUAUGAAAUAAUCAGUUAGCUGAGUGGGUAAUAUAUAGUAAUAUGCAUACCAACAAUGAAUAGGAUUUAUUGAGUGCAGUUUACAACAAUCUAUAAAACAUUAUAAAUAGAAAGUGAUGGUAACUAUCAGUGGAACUCAGGAUGUGCAUUUCGUCCCAUCUGAGACUCGUUAGUUGGAUGUGAAUAACGCGUUGACGUUUGAAGUGAACAAUACUGGAUUCGAGUUUCUAAGUGAAAAUCAGCUCUGGAAUGAAGGUACAUUCAAAUGACGAAUACUAAAUAGAACGAAACGUGUGUUAUGGAUUCUAUUGCUAGUCAUUAUCCAUCUCUGCUUAUAAUAUCUGUGACUUAAAGCAAUAUAGAGGUAAUCCAUACAGAAUACAUAUGUGUUGAUCAACUCAGUCUUAAACGUCAAUUGAAAGAUUUACACAAUCAAUAUAAGAUGAUUAAUUAUGUAAUACAGAUUAUUAAUCAAUAAAUGAAUUAUCAGACCGUCUCUAAUAGUGAUUGAAGGUCAAGAACACAAUCCGAUUGAUUGGCAGUAGUUUGUUAGUAAUGUCAUGUUUUGUUUUUUUUCAAUGAAUAUUAACCGUCAAUGGAAAUGAUCAAAACUUGUGUAUUCAUAAUGUUCAUCUUUUAACUUUCAGAAAAAAAAACAAAAAAAACAGACAGAGUCUAGAAGAAACAGUUUACUUUUAAUCAUUUAAUAUAACACAAAGUGAACUAGAAAAUGGAACUAUACAGUUUAAUGAUCCCAUUAGAAACUUGAUUGAUAUAAAUCAUUUAACAGAUCAUAGCUUCCUAAUCCUUCAUAGUCUUUUUAUAUUAUAUACACUCUAUUUUAUAAAUGUUCACGAAUAGUCUGUGUAUUGUGAUUCAGUUACAUCUGUUGAUGACAGAUAAUACUAACUAACCAAAAUAACACUCACAAAUCACAUUCAUAGAUUAAAAUAAUGUGAAAAAUAUUGUGAUUGUGUAUUAUCGACAUAUACACCGAUUCGGUUAAAGCUCUGAAUAUACACUUUUCAUCCAUUCAAUUUCAUAAACAACAGUAAUGCCACAAGAAGGCAGUGAGUAAGAUUUCUAUGAUAGUGGUUGUAUGGACAUGACCAUGUGAAAGUAUUUGGAAAAAGAGAGUGAACUCUCCUUACCCUCGACCGUACCGGGGUAUUUGGGGAAAUAUGACAUUUCUUAUACAAAAUAUGUAAGUAGAUUAUAUUUAACGUAAGCCCUUUUCAUAAUUUUAUCGACUAAUGGUUAAUUUUACUUGGAAAUUAUUAAAACAAUGUAGCACCUGAUUUACAAUAUAUACAUAUAUAUAUAACUCCGCCUGUAGCUCUUCCAGAGUUACUGCCGGUCCCAAGCCCGGGUAAAGGAGGAGGGUUGGGCAUGGGGUUAGCGUCCCCAUCCUGUAGAAACCUAACUCGCUAAAAAAACGCUAACCAGAAAAAACAACUCAAACCAUUUAAACUCUGCCCUGGGAGUUAGAGGUAAUAUGACGCUUCAUGGUGAAAGCCGAGUUCCUUCGGAAGCCACGAGGCCGAUGCCCCUCCUAACAACCAGAGCAACAAUUUUUAUAGGUACAUGGAACGUCCGGACAAUGUGGGAGACCGGGAAGACCAGUCAAAUAGCAACGGAAAUGAGGAGAUACAACUUGGCAGUACUGGGAAUCAGUGAAACUCAUUGGACCCAAGCUGGACAACAAAGGCUAAAUACGGGAGAGAUGCUGCUAUACUCCGGUCACAAAAAGGAAAAUGCUCCACACACUCAGGGAGUUGCUCUAAUGCUAUCCAAAGUAGCACGAAAUGCACUUGUAGGAUGGGAAUCUCACGGAUCCAGAAUCAUCAAAGCAUCAUUCAAAACAAAGAAGGAGGGGAUCACAAUGAACAUUAUCCAAUGUUAUGCACCCACCAAUGAUAGCAACGACGACGUUAAGGAUCAAUUCCAUGAGAGGCUGCAAUCAAUCAUAGAGAAGUGCCCAAGAAAGGACCUCACCAUUCUGAUGGGAGAUCUAAACGCCAAAGUCGGAAUGGACAACACCGGAUAUGAAGACAUCAUGGGACUACAUGGACUGGGAGAGAGAAACGAAAACGGGGAAAGAUUUGCAAAUCUGUGUGCAUUCAAUAGAUUGGUCAUAGGCGGUACAACAUUUCCACACAAACGUAUACACAAAGCUACGUGGAUCUCACCGGACCACACCACAGAGAACCAGAUAGAUCACAUUUGCAUCAAUAAAAAGUUCCGAAGGACAAUGGAAGAUGUGAAAACCAGGAGAGGAGCGGACAUAGCUUCAGAUCAUCACCUGGUUGUGGCCAAAUUGAAACUGAAGCUAAAGAAGAACUGGACAACUGGACAAACAGCAUCACAAAGGUUCAAUACAGCCUUCCUUCGAGAUACUGACAAACUCAAUGAAUUCAAGGUAGCUCUCAACAACAGGUUCCAAGCCUUACAGGAUCUACUGAAGGAAGAAGAAACUACUAUGGAGGAUAGCUGGAACGGUAUCAAAGAAACAUUAACUUCAACGUGUCAAGAGGUUCUGGGCCCCAAGAAGCAUCAUCACAAGGAAUGGAUCUCCAUAGAAACACUGGACAGGAUCAAAGAAAGGAAGAACAAGAAGACAGCGAUUAACAAUAGUCGAACAAGAGCAGAGAAAGUCCAAGCACAAGCUGAGUACGUAGAAGCAAACAAGCAAGUGAAGAAGAGCAUUAGAGCUGAUAAGCAAAAAUACGUGGAAGAACUAGCAACGACGGCGGAAAAAGCUGCAAGAGAAGGAAAUAUGAGACAGCUUUACGAUACAACGAAGAAACUUGCAAGGGAACGUAAUAAACUAGAGAGAAUGGUCAAAGACAAAGAAGGCACUUCAAUCACCGAAAUUCAACAGCAGCGGAACAGAUGGGCAGAGUACUUCGAGGAACUCUUGAAUAGGCCGGCUCCAAUGGAUCCACCGGACAUCGAAGCAGCACACACAGAUCUUCCUAUUAAUGUCAAUCCACCAACGACAGAAGAAAUCAGAAUGGCCGUCAGACAAAUCAAGAGCGGGAAAGCAGUAGGACCUGACAAUAUACCAGCUGAAGCGUUGAAGUCAGACAUCGAAGUAACUACAAGCAUGCUUCAUCUUCUAUUCAAGAAGAUUUGGGAGGAGGAACAAGUGCCGAUGGAUUGGAAAGAAGGACACCUCAUCAAGAUUCCAAAGAAAGGAGAUCUGAGCAAGUGUGAAAACUACAGAGGCAUUACACUUCUGUCAAUACCGGGUAAAGUCUUCAACAGAGUGUUACUGAACAGGAUGAAAGACGCAGUUGACGCUCAACUUCGAGAUCAACAAGCUGGAUUCCGUAAGGACCGGUCGUGCACAGACCAGAUUGCGACACUACGGAUCAUCGUCGAACAAUCAAUUGAGUGGAACUCGUCACUCUACAUCAACUUCAUUGAUUAUGAGAAGGCAUUUGACAGUGUAGAUAGGAGGACGUUAUGGAAACUUCUUCGACACUACGGAGUUCCUGAGAAGAUUGUCAACAUUAUCCGGAACUCAUACGACGGACUACAGUGCAAAGUACUGCAUGGAGGACAGCUGACAGAGGCAUUCCAAGUAAGGGAAAACCAAGGUCCUCAAACACAACACGGAGAACAGCAAUCCAAUCACUCUUGAUGGCGAAACUCUGGAAGACGUGGAAUCCUUCACAUACCUGGGAAGCAUCGUCGAUAAACAAGGAGGUUCAGAUGCAGACGUCAAGGCGAGGAUUGGCAAAGCUAGAGCGGCAUUCCUUCAACUGAAGAACAUAUGGAACUCAAAACAACUUUCAACCAAUAUCAAAGUCAGAAUCUUCAAUACGAACGUCAAGGCAGUUCUACUGUACGGAGCUGAAACUUGGCGAAUUACAACAACCACCAUCAAGAAGGUACAAGUAUUUAUCAAUAGCUGUCUAAGCAACAUACUCAACAUCCAUUGGCCGGAUACCAUCAGCAACAGCCUUUUGUGUGAGAGAACCAACCAGCUUCCAGCUGAAGAGGAAAUUAGGAAAAGACGAUGGAAAUGGAUAGGACAUACAUUGAGGAAAUCAUCAAACUGCAUUACGAGACAAGCGCUAACUUGGAAUCCUGAAGGGAAGCGGAAAAGAGGAAGGCCAAAGAACACAUUACGUCGGGAAAUAGAAGCAGAUAUG